AGCACUACAAAUGACAUUGAGGAAGCAAUGUCUUACCUCAAGAAAGAAUAUGAGAUAAAGGGACUUUGGUAAAAUGAAGCUCAGCUUGAGACUGCAGCUUGAGCACCUGCUGGAGGAAGGAAUGUUUGUGUGCACCAAUCUACUCAUACAAAGUGGAGGGACCCAUUUAGACCUAGAGUCCCCCUACUUGAGAACCAUUGAAGCACUAAUAUACCUGACGAACUACACAAGACCUGAUAUUGUGUUCGCAGCAAAGUUUGUGUCCGCAGCAAAUUUGCUGGCAAAUUCUAUGGUAGUCUCUAGGUUCCACAAAUACAUUCGAGGAAUUGGCAUAAGACAACUUAAUUAGAAAGCUACAUGAUGCAGGGAGAGAAAAACCCCUUAACUCCAUGUAUUCCAUAAUUAUGGGCUUGAAGACCAAUAUGUUCUAAAGACCUAAAGCCUACAAAUAUGUGCUGAAGAAUGAUCAAAAUUGUUCUACAUUUUUUUUUUCUCGGUGAGCUUUUUCUAUUGCGUUUUCUCACACAAGGUGGUUAGGGAGACACCAUUUUUUUUAUCAAAACAACAGGCACGACGUAGCACAUGCGUGCAAUAUAACAUUCUUUUUCUCCUGCCUUGUUGCCACAUGGUUUUAGGAUAAGUUUUUUUUUUGACAAAACAAGCACGUAACGCGAUUUGUAUUAGGGAGAGUAUGUACGUGUUAUGAAAUAUUCUAAAAUGGGCAAAUCAUUGUGCGAUAACGUGGGACGUGGGAGUCGGUGAAUCUCCGUGCCAACUAUGUGGGUAUAAUGGGAGCGAGCAUGCCACAUGGUUGGGAUGGGAAUUGGGAUAAGUUUUUGACAAAAACAUGCACGCCGCGUGAUCUGUCUUAGGAAGUGUCAUGAAAUAUUCUGAUGGGCAAAACACUGUGCAACAACGUGGGAGGUGGGAGGCAUUUGAAUCUCUGUGCCAACCAUGUGAGUACAAAUGGGACCGAAGGGGUCAACGCAAAGCAUUUAAUAAUUUAAGCAACGCUCUCCCGCUAUGGAAGGAGGCCGGUGGUGAGCCCGGCCGCGUGGAGCAUGAAGUGGUUGGUUGCUCCUCUCUUUGUACCAAAAAAGGUUAUACAUGUGCUCACUCCCUACUAGCUCUGUCCCCAAUACCGUGUCUCUCUGUGCAGAGCUAGAGUGCAAGACCGAUUUUCUCAACAAAAGAAAUGGAACAACGAAAGAGACCGGACUGUGAACGCACUGGACUCUGCAGAGUUCAGACUGCCCCCCGAUCCUUCUUGUGUUCUGUGCUCGUGCUCGCUCGCUACGGCCUAUAUAUAGAGCCUGUUCAGUUCAGACUGAACCACAACGCACAGUUGCGUGCAGGUGCAGUUAGCCAGCGCCAGCUGCACAAGCUUUUGUCAGCACAGGAAGGAGAGGAGGGUGAGAUAUGGCGAGCCUCAACGUGCUGCUCCUCCCUGAGCCGGGCUCCGGCCACCUCAUGUCGCUCAUCGAAGCCGGGAAGCGCCUGCUGGGCCACGGCGCGGGCGGCGGGGACGGCCUGGGCCGGGAGUUCACGGUGACCGUCCUCGUCGUGCGGCCGCCGACGCCGGAGUCGGCCGCCGAGGUGGGCGCGCACGUCCGGCGCGUCGCGGAGUCCGGCAUUGCUGGCGUCCGGUUCCACCACCUCCCGGCCGUGGAGCCCCCGGCGGACUGCGCCGGCAACCUGCAGGAGUUCAAGUCGCGGUACCUGGAGCUCCACAGGCCGCACGUGGAGGCCGCGGCGCGGGAGCUCGGCGCCGCGGCGCUCGUGGUCGACUUCUUCGCCACCGCCGUGCUGGACGUGGCGCGCGGGCUCGCCGUGCCGGCGUACGUCUACUUCACCUCCACGGCCGCGCUGCUCGCGCUCACGCUGAGGCUGCCGGCCCUUGCCGAGACUGUCGCCGCCGACUUCGAGACGUUCGAGGGCACGGUCGACGUGCCGGGCCUGCCGCCCGUGCCCGCGGCAAGCGUCCCGGGGUUCCUGGGACGCAAGGACAGCCCCAACUUCACGUGGUUCGUUUACCACGGCCGGCGUUUCAUGGACGCCGACGGCAUCGUCGUCAACACGGUGGCCGAGCUCGAACCGGGGCUGCUCGCCGCCAUCGCCGGAGGCCGGUGCGUGCCGGGACGGCCGGCGCCGCCGCUGUACCCGAUCGGUCCGGUUCUCAACCUCGGUGCGGGGGGAGGUGCGUCCGGCGACGAGGCGUGCGUCCGGUGGCUCGACGCGCAGCCGCGUGCGUCGGUGGUGUUCCUCUGCUUCGGGAGCCUGGGCUGGUUCGACGCGGCGAAGGCGCGCGAGGCCGCGGCGGGGCUGGAGCGGAGCGGGCACCGGUUCCUGUGGGCGCUGCGCGGGCCUCCCGCGGCCGGAUCGCGGCACCCGUCGGACGCCGACCUGGACGAGCUCCUCCCCGCGGGGUUCCUGGAGCGGACCAGGGGCAGGGGCCUCGUGUGGCCGCGGUGGGCGCCGCAGAAGGCGGUGCUCGCCCACCCGGCCGUGGGCGGCUUCGUGACCCACUGCGGGUGGAACUCGACGAUGGAGAGCCUGUGGCACGGCGUGCCGCUGGCGCCGUGGCCGCUGUACGCGGAGCAGCACCUGAACGCGUUCGAGCUCGUGGCCGUCGUGGGCGUGGCCGUGGCCAUGGAGGUGGACAGGAGGCGCGACAACUUCGUCGAGGCCGCGGAGCUGGAGCGGGCGGUGAGGGCCCUCAUGGGCGGCGGCGAGGAGGGGCGCAAGGCGCGGGAGAAGGCCCACGAGAUGAAGGCCGCGUGCCGCAAGGCCGUUGAGGAGCGCGGGUCGUCGUACGCGGCGCUGGAGAGGCUGCGUCAUGCGAUUCGCAAGGGUGCAAAUACAGCUACUGCUCAUUUCAAGGCGCCGCAGCCGCUCAUUUGAGAAUUGAAUGAGUCCAAGAUUCCAGACGUUCGCGACGGUGUCCGGCUGUCCGCUUCGUCAUGGAAGGAGUGGACUUCCGUGUUUGAGCUUCCCGGAGUCGACAGUCAGUCAGUCACACACACAGAGAGAGAGAGAGAAAACGAGAGAGAGCAGUUUGCAGCUAGUGCUUAUCGGUAUCGCCGUGGGACUUCAGGUUUUAUGUCUUGUGUAAUGAUCGAUCUCCAUGUCUACUCGCUCGGAGGUAUCAUAUGUUUAUGAUACCGUACACGUUGUACUGUGCUUCCAUCGCCAGUUCGCCACCUUCCAUCUACUUUUCUCUUCUCUA